GCACCAUGGACGUGACGAGCGCACGGGCACGAGUCCUUCGUCUGGAUGUAGAUACUAAGUCGAUCGCUAAGAUAGUGAUGGUUUGUUUUUUGAUUCCACGACGCACACCAGGACCCUAUGCCUAUCAGAAAUUUUACGUGCUGGAUUGCACAAGCAAAACUGUAAUUUCGUAUCGUCCUUUCGUCGUCUCUGCUCUUUUCACGCGCAAGGCUAAGAGCUGCUUUUAUUUCAAUUUAGAAAAUUUUAAGUCUCCUCGACCUCGAUGAAGACCUUCCUUAUGCUUAUCUGAUUCUUAACCAGAAGCAGAAGGAGAAGCUAGCCAGAAGCAGAAGCUCCUCUCUGCAUUUGCUUCUACUACUUUCCUAUUCGUAUGCAAACAAGAGAACAUGUUGGCCCGCGUUCCCUCAUCCAACGAGCUUGUAAAGCUUGCAAACCUGACCAGCUGCACCUCGGCAUCGGAACAGGACGAUGAUGAGGACGACGCUACAUCGGAAUCAACUUUCACUUUGGUAUCGGACACCGAAGGGGUUGCCAGUCAUGAGGAAUUGCCUGGGCAGCCAUCACGAGCACGGUCAGGCUCUUCAUCAAAAAGCUUCACCUCCUUAGUAGAAAGCCCAAGCCGAAGACAUGCCAGUAGUGAGCAAAUCAUAAAGAGCAAACCCGUCGUCUCGGACCCAGGUGCGCUACGACGGUGUUCUUGUACUUUCCGGCAAGAGCUGGGCCACGAGCUUCUUGUAGUUGUCCACCGCCUCAUUAAUGUUUUCGAAACAGCCGCGCACUUCUACGUCAUUUGGGUCCUGUUCGGAGUAAUUUGCUUCGUGACGCAUUUGGGUGACGACCUGCCGGAGAUCGCGUUUUUGCUUCCGGGAGGGGGUGCAGCGUUGACCGACGACGGACGAGAUGCACAUGUUGAAGCGAGCAGAUUUCUUCCUGCUAAUCCGACGGAUGGUGGACCUCCAGGCGAUGUUCACGCUGGCGCAAGAAGACCGUCUGCACACGAUGUCCAAUAUCUGGAUCGGGCACCACAUCACCAAAUUCUCGACUACUUUUUCCACAACGUGCCCUACGCGCUUUUCUUUGUGUUCCCGCACUCGUUCCUGAAGCACACGCUUCGCCACAAACUCGGCCUGUUUUGGUACAACUUCCACGCAGCGGUGUCACUCCACGUCUUCCUCGCGAACUACAGAAAAUUGGAUGGACCCGUCUUUCAGUUGCUGGAACUUCCGAUUUCGAACGGGACACACCUCUGGCUGGUGCUCCCCGUCAUUGCAGCGUCGUUUUGGAUCUUUCUCAUGGACGAAAAAACGCAGUGGAUGCUGUUCCCGAAGGUGAGGGAGCAUGCUGGGGUUACCGGCUCGAUGCUGCAAAGGUGGGGAGUGUCAUCGUCCUCAGCCUCAGCACCAAGUGCCCCCUACGAUAAAACAAGGCUAGCAACUGGGCAGGCAGGGAGGUUGAUCUUCGAGAUGAACCUGAAUGAAGAAAACUUGGGGUGCAAGGCUUCACACGAAAAGUCGGCAGAGAACUGGCGUCAGGGCGAAGGCGAAGGCGACGGUAGCGCAAACACAUGUCAUCUUUCGACGGCCAGAGCUGGCGUUUCCGCAAGAACUUCCUGUAUUUCUGUCGGGCCACCAGCACGGCAAACCGCGACGACAUGUCCCUUUGCGUCACCGUUUUCUUCAGGCGAGAAAGAAACACGCCGUGAAAAGUCUGAUGGUGGCAGUGGCACUGCACGAGCAACUAGCACAACAAACAACAAACUCGACAUCAUUACCGCCAUGGCAGAGUCCGUUGUGCGCAGCCGGUUUGGCGUGUUGGGCUUCAUUUUGUUUUCUGGUCUGUCCAUCAUUCCGCGAAAAAUGACCGUGGACGACCUCAUCCUGCGAAUUUGCGCGGCAGUGUACCUGCGAAUUUUUUCCAAGGCCUUCCGCGCUUUCAGCCGCAAGAUCGCAAACACCCACCUGGUGAUUUGGAUGUUGCGGGGCACGCUGGUGCUGUUGACGGUUUUCUAUUGCGGAGCUAAAGUUAAUGCCAAUAUCGGCGCUCCUGCAGCUGCUUUAACGUCACCGAACCACACUUCUGUUUCAUCGGACUUCCACGCGUCUCAUUUACAUUUCUAUGACUUCGCCUUGGGAAAGGUCCAGCAUGAUGCUGCUGACUGGUCCUUCUCAUCUUUAUCCACAUUCAUGCGUAUCUAUCAUGAAUUCGACUUUGGUCACGACGUUCGCGUAGUUUCCCUUACAGGGCUUGGCAUCGCCACGGGGCUGCUUAUGAUCCGGCUGGACAAAAUACGAUAGGUCCUAUCCAUCGGAUACGAUGUUGGAUGUGAUGGACAGAGCAGAAGCUAGAGAUUGAUAUCGAAAUUUGACCGGUUUGGGUUUCCAUUCUUCACGAUAUUAUGACGCAAGGAACAACGUGUAGGAUUUGUGCCCACGAUUUCAGGAGAAGUUUGCUUUGCCUAUUGAUUUUUUUGUGCAGCCUUGUGUAGCAAUCGCCCCUUUUUGAAAAUGAAAUGAUGAAAACACGCGACUGUGUGCAGAACAAAGACGAGGAGAACGACAAAACAUUUACCGCUCCGGCAUAAAGUAAAGGCAAGCUGAAGCUUGCGCAAACAUGGAGUAUGAGCAGGA